AUGGGUGAUGAUAUCAACAGCGAAAGCACAAGCACUAUUGGUGACGACUGGGUGAAAGAAAGCGAUUUUUCAAUUUCGUCACUGCCAACAGAUUGUAAUAAAGAGAUGGUAUCAAGUUCGAGUAUUGUAUCUUUUGCUAGCGAUCCUGAAAGUAAAAAACUCCUUUGGGUGCGUCUCCUUGGCGUAGUGAAUCGCCCAAAUCCGUUGGAUGAUUGGGACCAGCUCUACAAUUUGAACAACCAAGUCGGUCUUAGAAAUGAUUGCCGAAAACUAGCGAAAUUGUUGGACAACAAAAAGUCUGUGCCAGAGCUGGAAUCAUUUAUGACAUUGUACUGCAAGAAGCGCAAUGUUGACUACAAGAAGGACAGCGGAUGGAUAGUGGUGUUAGAGAAAAUCCUGAAGUUCGAUUUGCCUCAGGAGCAUCUUUUCAAUGUGUUCUUCGCAUUCACAACCAAAUACAUUCCAAAGGAAACCAAGGAAAACGCUCAAAUAUACGAUCUGUUCCGACUUUUGCUACAGUAUCAUGACCCUGUCAUAAGUUCUCACUUGGACUCGUUGAAAUGUACGCCUUAUUCCUAUGCAAGCCAAUGGUUUUCUACCGUUCUGGCGUCUAGCGUUGAUGAUGGUGUAUGUAGAAUUUUGUGGGAACUCUAUAUUGAAAAGGGUGACCCAUUCCUUAUCUUCUACAUGGCUUUGGUUUUGAUUAUAAACAGUAGGGAUGAGUUACUUGGAAUUGGAUUCAAUAGACGCGAUGAAGCGCACAAAGUGCUGUCUUUAUUGCCGAAUCAGCUGACGAUCGAUGAUGUCCCGGAUUUUGUUCAGCUGUCUGCAUACUACGCCGAUCGCACUCCUCAGUGCGUUCGUGAGGAUUUCCACUACUUAAUAUUUGGUUCCAAUUAUGAUGAUGAAGUUGGAGAAAUGCAAGUAAGCAAACUGUUGUGCUUACCCGUGACCAUUCAAGAGCUUACGAGACGCGAACGUAGCGCUGUAGCGACAUCAAAUAUAACCUAUUUUGUUAUUGACUGCCGCUCGAACGAGGCUUAUAACAGUGGACACAUCUACGGUUCAUUCAAUUUGGACUGCAGACUGGUUAGUUGUGCUAUCUGUUAA